AUGGCAAGUCUCAGUGAAGAAGCUGCUGCAGCUGGAAACUCACAGCAAGAACUGGGCGCUGAUUUUGUUGUUCAUUCUGAUAUUCCUUCCUCUUCUAAGCAAUUCAAGAACGAAGAAGACUCGAAAGAAGAACGGAAAGAAAACAAGGAUAGCAAGGAGGAAAAACUCAAGUCAACCCUUCUCCUUUCAGGAGCUGUGCUUGCGGUGAUUGGCGCCGUUGUAGCCAUGGUCAAGAAGAGAAAAGAUGCGUGA